AGCUGGGAACUUAUGAGGAAAACAAAAGAAAUGGCUAAGCCGUUUUAUAGUAGAGCAAUCAAACUGGAAGAUGUGUGAUAAGCAAUUGGAAGUAAUUAAGAAGCAGUUCUUCUGCGGUGUUCCGGUAACUGAAAUUGAUUGGAAGGAUUUCCUAGAACAUUUAUCGUGGGAGGACCAGGAACUGUUUAUUCAGCAAACUGUCGACUCCUCUGAUAACAUAUUACAUCCGCUGAGGGUGAGUUAUCAGAAGGCGUUUGUGAAAUACGUUUUGGAUAGGUUAGGGACAUCGGAGGCGGUCCACGACGUCGUCUACAACGCUUUCGGCCGACUGGUGGCGACGCCAAAUACCGGUGACUCCUUCAAGCAUUACCGCGUUUCCGAACAAUUGAAUUUAAUUUUAAAGGAGAACGCCAACUUUAUUUCCGAGGGAACUACAGGACUUUGUACGUGGCAAGCGGGGAUUGCACUAGCCGAGUGGUGUGUGCAAAACCAGGAGAUUUUCAAGGGUAAAACGUUGCAUCUUGCACAGAAGCUUCGAAAGUCGUAGCCACCGAUUGCCAUGAAUCCGUGCUGGCUAAUCUGAAGUACAACAUCAAGUUAAACUUCGGGCCCGAGCAGUCGAGGAUUACUGCGUUAGC